CGGGGUCUCGGGAGGCUGUGGAUGGGGAGCGGGUGGCAGAGGCGGCUGGGAGCGGAUCCCGGAUCGCCGGGGAAAGCAUUGGACAUUUUACCAUCAUGCUGAUGGCAUCAUAAAUAUAUUUGUCAGCCUCCCCAAAUUUCAACUACUGAAGAAAACCUUGAGUUUAUUCUUGAGGACUAAAGUGUGACUCUACCAGUUACCAGGCUUUCAGGAUGAAUCUGGAAAAACUCAGCAAGCCUGAACUCCUGACCCUAUUCAGUAUUCUUGAAGGAGAGCUUGAAGCAAGGGACCUUGUUAUAGAAGCUUUAAAGGCCCAACACAGAGAUACUUUCAUUGAAGAACGCUAUGGAAAAUAUAACAUUAGUGAUCCUUUAAUGGCUCUACAGAGAGAUUUUGAAACACUGAAAGAGAAAAAUGAUGGUGAAAAGCAGCCGGUCUGCACAAAUCCACUGUCGAUUCUUAAGGUGGUGAUGAAACAGUGCAAGAACAUGCAGGAACGCAUGCUGUCCCAGCUGGCUGCUGCUGAGAGCAGGCACCGAAAGGUGAUACUAGACCUUGAGGAAGAAAGACAGAGGCAUGCCCAGGAUACAGCUGAAGGAGAUGAUGUCACCUACAUGCUAGAGAAGGAGAGAGAGAGGCUGACUCAACAGUUGGAAUUUGAAAAGUCCCAAGUGAAGAAGUUUGAAAAAGAGCAAAAGAAGCUCUCUAGUCAGCUGGAAGAGGAGCGCUCCCGCCACAAGCAGCUCUCAUCCAUGCUGGUGCUUGAGUGCAAGAAAGCCACCAGUAAGGCAGCCGAGGAAGGGCAGAAGGCAGGGGAGCUGAGCCUGAAACUGGAGAAGGAGAAGAGCCGGGUGAGUAAACUGGAGGAAGAGUUGGCAGCUGAGAGGAAGCGAGGCCUGCAGACUGAGGCCCAGGUAGAAAAGCAGUUGUCUGAGUUUGACAUCGAAAGGGAACAACUGAGAGCAAAACUGAACCGAGAAGAGAACCGGACGAAAACUCUGAAAGAAGAGAUGGAAAAUUUGAAGAAGAUAGUGAAGAAUCUAGAGGCUUCCCACCAGCAUAGUAGCACUGAUGACCAACUCAAGAAACCAGUAACCACGUCCAGAGGCACGGCAACUGAGCCUCCCAUGCUAGUGUCUGUAUUUUGCCAAACAGAGAGUGUUCUGGCAGAAAGAAUCCAUGGAAGCAACAUAGCCAAGGUGACAAACACUGGGAUGCCUGGUCCCACCGCUCCUACUUACUCAUAUGCAAAAACCAAUGGCCAUUGUGACCCAGAGAUGCAAACGACCAGGGAGUUGAUUCCAGGCAGCAGUGUAGAAAAUCAAGUGCCUCCACAAGAGAAAUCUGUGGCAUUGGCUCAAGAGAAACCAGUGGAGAAUGGGGGGUAUCCGGUGGGAACUGAGACUCCAGUCCCAAUGCCUAGUCACCUCCCUUCCAGUGGGAGCUCACCUUCUCCCAGCAGCACUGCCUCCUCCUCUCUAACGUCCUCUCCUUGCUCUUCACCAGUACUAACAAAGCGCUUAUUGGGGUCAUCAGCUAGCAGCCCCGGCUACCAGUCAUCCUACCAGGUAGGGAUCAACCAGCGGUUCCAUGCAGCUCGGCACAAAUUUCAGUCCCAAGCAGAUCAGGACCAACAGGCCAGUGGUCUCCAGAGCCCUCCGUCCAGGGAUCUGUCCCCCACCCUCUUAGACAACUCUGCUGCCAAGCAGCUGGCCCGAAACACAGUCACUCAGGUGCUUUCCAGAUUCACUAGCCAAGGGCCAAUCAAGCCUGUCUCUCCCAACAGCUCUCCCUUUGGCACAGACUAUCGAAAUCUGGCCAACACUGCCAACCCAAGAGGCGACACCAGCCACUCACCUACUCCGGGGAAAGUGUCCAGUCCUCUGAGCCCCCUGUCUCCGGGAAUCAAAUCCCCUACCAUCCCAAGAGCUGAGAGAGGAAACCCUCCACCUAUCCCACCGAAAAAACCUGGCCUCACCCCUUCUUCAUCUGCUACCACUCCACUGACCAAAACUCAUUCCCAAGCAUCCUCUCUGACCAACUCAGAAGACCUUGCCAGCAGCUGCUCUUCCAACGCUGUGGUAGCCAAUGGCAAGGACGUUGAUAUACUUUUGCCUACUGGCAGCUAGUUCCUAGGAGUGAGUCUCCACACUUGACAUUCCAUCCAGUUUUGUCCAAGAGCUCAGAAUGAGACCAUUGAGUCAGAUUAUGUUAUUUAUUUUAAUAGUAGCUGCAACCAUCUGUAUAAUACAUUUAGUGUAUUCUACCUUUUUGUAUUUUUUUAAGUAGAAACUGAGUGUUUGGGUUUUUAUGGCUCACAUCUUUGUACUGAAUCUAGAAGGGCACCUCAAAGACAUUUGAAGCUCAGCAGUCACUGUCUUGUGAUGGAGAAAGCUAAUUGAGUACCAGGUGGUCAUCUGCUAUUUUGGGACUAGAAUUAAUCAACACUCACUUUGAAUAAUGCAGAAGUAUUUCAUGCAGAUUUUUAUUCCAGAUGAACGUGUUUUAAAAGUGCCUGAAAUAAGACCGCCAUGUGAAUGUGAUUCUGCAAAACAAAAAAUGGAUCGAUAAUCACAGAAAAUGAGAUCCUAUGUGAAUUCUGAAUGUUAAAAGCCGAUACUGCUUCUAAUCCUCUUUUACUGUUUUUAAUACAUGCUUUGUGUUCUGAAACAAGGCUACAUGAAUAGAAUGGGAAUCCUUCUUACAUUGGGUAUGAAUCUUCCAUAAAGCUGAGCUUUAUAGAGCCCUUGAGAAACACUCUUGAGCACUAAGCAAUUGGGGUGCUGAUUUUUUUGUACUUUUAAAAAAUUAAGUCACUCCUAGUUCCCUGCAGAAUGAAAUCACAUCUCCAUUCAAAACUGUUUUCAAGCAUCUACUGUUGUGAAAGGAACUUCUGAUUCUGAUUGCUUUUACUUGAAUAGGAAAUGAUUGCUCAUUCUGUAUAAGUUUUGCAGCAGAAUGAAAUCUGUAAUCAAAAAGCAAUAACUUAAAAUUGACUCUUUGUGAUAUUAUCAGUCAGAAUUAUACAAGUUUUAUCAGAUUGUUACAUUUAUUCUCCAAGCUGCCAGCACUUGUCAGUAUCUGUGGAACCAAAUUAACUUUUGCCUAAUUGGCAGUAUACAUAUAUCUGUAUAGAUACAUACCCCUUUAUGUGUUUAACAUUUACUUAAACACAUAACUAUUAGUGUGAUUAUAUCUUUGGAGUUUGCAAUAUAGCAUAAAGGACAAGUAGUACUGCACAUUAAGAUUACCUACCAAAGCAACUAGAUAUGUCUGGGACCCAGUCAGUCAAAGGAGGACUCUUGUCCAUGAGGAAGUGGGAAAGUUCCAAAGGAAGCCCAAGUCUUCAGCAUCUUAAAAAGGCACAGCUAAACUAACCCUACUGGCACAAAACUCAACUGGUCAGAGUGAAACAGAUUGCUCCCUCAAGUGGGGUCAAAUAACUUAGAGGGGCGGGAGCUGUAGCAGUCUGAAGCACCCAGUCCCUUUUAAAAGGGCCACCCUAUUCUGCUCCAGCUGCCUCCUGCUGUACACGAAUGGUAGACCAGGGCUACCAACUCUUCAAGUUUUUAUGAUACCCAAAUUUUCAUGAGAAACAUUCUCACUUUUUAAAUAUCAAGAACUAAUUCAAACAAAAAAUUUUAACACUUCAGCUGGGUUUAGUUUGCAAGCUGCCAAAUUGCAGCUUCUUUCAUUCUAGAAGCCAUCAUUUCAAUCACUGUAUUUGUAUAGACAGAAACCGGCCAGACUUUCCAGCUGUGUAGUGUAUGUGAUCAAGUCCAUGGAAUAUGACUAGCCCACUCUUCCAACCAGGGCUCUCAUCACCCAACUCAGAUGUGGUGGUUAUAUGGUUAUAGAUUUUUCAUCCAUAAGGAGAGGCCUUGGUGUCUUUACAUACACAUUCCCCUAACCAUCAUCUAUCCAGCAGCUCCUGAGCUGCUAUAGUCUUGUUUCCUUUUAAUCCAAUAUGGGUUGAUGAGGGAAAGGUGGGUAAUAGAAAUUAAUGUAUAAAUCACAUGGGAAUAUACUAAGGACUCUAGCUUAUAAUUUGAUUAAAGGCAAAAAUUUAAAUGGUACUGGUGCCCAAAGUGUUAACAAAAUGAUGUAGGAGGUAUCUUAAACUGUCCAAAGCAAUCAUGCAUUGAACUUUAUUCCCAUUGCAUAGCCAAAAUGAAUAGUGUUGAUAAAAUUUCUGAACCUUCUAAACACGAGGGAGACUACAGUGCCAGAGUACUAUUACCUCUCUUGCUUUAAGUGGUAAUCUUAAAAGUUGCAUUGUGCUCUUCCUUUGUUUUGGAAUACGAUAGAGAGAGAGAGAUACUUUAAGGAAGUUUUAUUUCUUAGGAAGUGCACUGAAUAAUGUAUUUCUUUUGCAAUGUAAUAUGGGGGUGGGGUAUGCAAAAUAAAUGUGUAUUUUUGCUAGUUGCCUAUCUUCUGAGAUAAAUAAGCACAAUCCUCCAGUGGAUCCAAUAAUUUAGUUAGGUAUUAUAGCUUAGUAUUUAAGUUUUCUAUAGAUUGUGUGUGUGUGUGCUAAAAGUUCCACAGUUCACAAUUUUGGUAUUAAUCCAUGUUGAAAAAGCUGUUACUGGUCAACAGAUUUUAAUGAUGUGCAACAUAUAACAUAAGCAUUAACUAGUCCUUAACAUUUGUAAAGUCAAAUGUACCAUGCAGAAAUCUUCCUUCAUUUUUAUAGCAAAUUACAUUAAAACAAGUUAAAUUAUA